AUAAAUACAUGUGUUAACGCAAAUUCGAGGUAAACGUAAACAACAGAUUUCAUAUAAAUAUGGGCAGAAAGAACAAUAUUCGUUAGUUAUCCCAAAAAAUGUCCCUGAAGCUGAUCGUGUUGGCCGCUCUGGUGGUAGUCGUUACCCCAUCCCCCACCGCCCUAUUGGGUGGAGGAUUAGGAGGAGAAAUAGGAGGAGGAUUAGAAGGAGCAAUUGGAGGAGGAUUGGGAGGAGCACUUGGAGGAGGAUUAGGAGGAGGGGUAAACGCUAAAAUAGUAGGAAAGCCAUGGUGGUCCGGAUGGUGCCGACACGACGGCCAUGCAAGAACGGGUUUCAAAUCUAGCUUCAAAUCUGGCGAAAGCAGCUUCCUCGAUGACGACUACAAAUACCGAGAGGGCGACAACAUAUUUGAACCUUUCGGUUUCUUCGCUAAGGGAGUGACCAACAAUGCCGGCGAUGCAAGCUCCAUUUUGUCUGGCAUCUCUAGUCUGAAAUACGCCGGUAGCUUCGAUGACUCCAUCGACGUCAUGCUCAGGAUGGCUCGUGCUGCAAGAGGCAUCAUUGAUGUUCAAAUUCCUGGCCUUGGAUCACUAUUUGGCAACAGCAUCAUGGCUAUUGCUAGGAUUGUCAACUGCGUCGUCGAUAAGAGGACAGAUCUGACUCCAGCUGUUUGUAAUAACAAUUACGGAUCAAAAUGGGGCUGGUCCAGUUACACUGGUGGCUACGCCAACGCCGAAGCCGUGCUCAAGUUCUACGACCUUCUGAAAGUCCGUGCACAAAUUGACAGUCUUGUCGGAAAGUAUACGAAUGGAAAAGGUGUCGGCUCUCUAACAGGCGCCAACAAAGUCAUGGUGGAAUUGAUGACCGAAUUGGGCGGACUCUUUGAUAAUAACAGAUGGAGCCGCGAUGACAUGGUCUCAGCAUACUCCAAGGUUUCCAGCAUCAUGGGUUUGCUUGGUAACAGUUAUUAUGACGGACUUGGCGAUGAUCUUGUGGAUUCCAUGAUUGCUUACGCUGAAAGAAGUUUCAAGACCCGUGGAUACUCUGACCUGAGUUCAUUGGGAUCGGAUAUAAAGAAGAGAAUAUCCGGAUGCGGACGCUUCAACUUCAAUGGCGCUUUGAGAUUGGCUGACUCAAACAGUAGUAGCAGUUCCAUCAGCGACUCUCACAAUAAUUUAGGCAUUGACACCAUUAAUGAUGGAUUUGGCAGUGGUGUAGACAGAUCGAGCAGUUCUAGCAGUAAAUCAUCAAGCAUCAGCGAUUCAGGCUUGAACGGCAGUUCCUACAGUGGUUCUAGGAGCGAUUCGAACAGCCUUUCAGACAGCGUAGGCCGUUCUAGCUCAUUUGACGGAGCUAGUAGUGACAUCAACAGGAGUUCCCUUGAUUCUAGCUUAAGCGAUAGCUCUAGCAACGCAAGAAGUGCUAGUGCAAGUAACAGCGCUAGAAGUGCCAGCAGCGAUUUAAGUGACUCAAGCGAUUUCAACUCCAGUAGCAGUUCGGGCAGAAGUGCCAGCUCUGAUCGCAGUUCCAGCAAUAGUGCCGACUAUAGUGACAGUUCCAAUAGAAGUUCCGGCUAUAGUAGUAGUUCCAAGAAAAGUUCCAACUAUAGUAGCAGCUCCAAGAGUUCCAAAUCUAGUAGCAGUUCAGACGAUAGUGCCAGCUCUAGUAGCAGUGCCGACAGAAGUGCCAGCUCUAGAAGCAGUGCCGACAGAAGUGCCAGCUCUAACAGUUUCGGCGCCAGCAGCGCUAAAAAUGCAGAGUUUAAUAACGAAUUCGGAAGUUCCAGCGACGGUUUGAAGGUAGAAGGGUGUUAAUUAUGCCGGACUUACUAGUUACGGAUCAUCAUGUAAUGAAUAAUGAAACGCCUUUCGUAAAAUGAUAAUUGUAAUUUAAUUAAUUUCAUGAAAUUAAUGAUUUCAAAUCAAUCUAUUGUUUCGAAUUAUUUUUCAAAAUUGUAUUAAUAAAUGUUGAUUGUAUUUUAUCUUC